AAGAAGAAGACGAAGCGGCUGCAGUAGCAACAGAAGAAGAAUGAGGAGAAAUAAAAUGUGUUAAAAAAAAAAGAAGUCUGGUCGCUGGAAGUAAAUGAAUCGUUGGAUUAAAAGGAAGCUGCUUUUUUAAAACAACAUUUCCAAGAUCCAGUAAUAAAGACGGUUCAGGUGAAUGUAAGAAGAUGGUAUUGAAAGAGAUCCCAACAGACAAUAUCACUCGCCCUUUGGGCCGGAACGAGGUCAUAGGUUUACUCUUUCGCCUCACAAUAUUCGGUGCCGUCACAUAUUUUACAAUAAAGUGGAUGGUGGAUGCUAUUGAUCCAACAAGAAAACAGAAAGUUGAGGCACAAAAACAGGCGGAGAAACUUAUGCGGCAGAUUGGAGUACAGAAUGUGAAGCUUUCUGAAUAUGAGAUGAGCAUUGCAGCUCAUCUUGUGGAUCCUUUGACUAUGCAGAUUACAUGGCAUGACAUUGCAGGUCUGGAUGAAGUCAUAACUGAACUGAAAGACACUGUUAUACUUCCGAUCCAGAAGAGACAUCUUUUUGAAGGAUCUAGGCUUCUUCAGCCACCCAAAGGUGUGUUGCUGUACGGGCCUCCAGGCUGUGGGAAAACUCUUAUAGCCAAAGCUACUGCAAAAGAGGCUGGAUUCCGCUUCAUUAAUCUGCAGCCUUCCACUCUCACUGAUAAAUGGUAUGGAGAAUCCCAGAAACUAGCUGCAGCUGUGUUUUCGCUGGCCAUCAAGUUACAACCCUCCAUUAUCUUCAUCGAUGAGAUCGAUUCCUUUUUGAGGAGUCGCUCAAGUUCAGAUCAUGAGGCCACUGCCAUGAUGAAGGCUCAGUUCAUGAGCUUAUGGGACGGACUGGAUACCGACUACAACUGCCAGGUCAUUAUAAUGGGAGCCACCAAUCGGCCACAAGAUCUUGAUUCUGCUAUACUCCGAAGGAUGCCCACAAGAUUCCACAUCAAUCAGCCUAAUGUCAAGCAGAGGAAAGACAUAUUGAAACUGAUCCUGGAGAAUGAGAAUGUGGAAACUGCUGUGGACUUUGUGGAAAUUGCAAAACAGACUGAUGGGUUCUCAGGAAGUGACCUCAGAGAGAUGUGCCGAGAUGCUGCUCUGCUUUGUGUGCGUGACUUUGUGCACCAAGAAAGUCCAGAUGAAGACUUCAUCCGCCCAAUCAGGCAGGAAGACUUGCAGAGGGCGAUCGAGAAGAUGAGGAAGUCCAAAUCAGCAGGAGUGCAAGAGGCUUUUAUGCAUGUACCACUGGACUGAAUGUGAUGCUGCUGUUUUAAAAGAACAAGAACCUUGAUGUGUUCUGUUUUUUCUUAUUUGUGGCAUAUCGUCACAUUUUGCAAGAGGGGGAGCUCAGGAUUUAUAAGUGGUGGAAUACAGGUUUUUUUUUCCUCUCUCUCUUUUUUUGCACUGUAAUUACCAUACUUUGUUUUUGCCAAUCAAUGAGCCUUAUUAGAAAAUUAGAAACUAGAAUGAAUUUCUGACUAAAUUGUGUGUAAAACCAUUCUUAAGUAAAUUGUCACUUCGAUAGGACAAUUUAUGAAAGAAUAACAGUUUACAUUAAAUUCAUUCUGCUUGCGUUUCAAGAAUAAGGCCCAUUGUGUUUGUCUUCAUAUGUUUGGUUUGGUUUGUGGUUUUGUUUGUUCUAUAAAACCACGAAAGCUUUGUAAAGAUGGGCAAUAGUGUAGUAUUUCCAGUUAUGUCUAAGGCACCUAAUUUCCCUUGCAAUAAUUAUUUUUGACAUUACCAACGUGUAACAAUCCAGCUGAUUCGUGGACACAAAAACAAAGUGUGUUCAUGAACGCUUUUUUCACCCGUUUGUUUUCCCCCAGUGAGUAAAUGAUUCGACUGAGAUGCAUUUACAGAUUUUUAAGCCAUUUAUAUGAAAUAAAAUGUUUAAGCGUUGAAUUUAGCCCAGAGUAGAGGUUAUGUGAUGGCCUGUUGUGUAGAUACUUAUUUGCAAAACAUUAAAUAUGCUUGCACAGAAUUUUUGGGGCCAGUGCCAAGCCGCUGCUGUUACACGUGUACUCAUAUGUCAGGUGUUAUUUUGGGGUUAUUUGAGUGGGUGAAGGAGACUUCAAAAUGGAAAGAAUUCAUCUGGAGAAACCUAUCUAUGUAUUGAACAACCAUUUUAGAUUUACAGCAAUACAAUUGUACAAUUGUAUACAAGUAUUUUUCAUUUCUUAGGUUUUCAAUUUGCAAUAGUCCACUGCUCUCUUCAGUCUAAGUGUGUUUAGAAGUGAGAAUAUAUUUUGACAUUUUGUUUACACUGUAGAAGAAUUGGAUGACAAUGGUUUUGUCUUAAUGAAGUUUAUUGGAAUGACUGCCCGAUGCACAUUAUAUCAAAUAUUGUAAGAAAUGACGAAGUGUAAAUCUCACAAGUUUGUAAAAAAAGUAGGACAAAGUAAAUACAUUUCCUGUAAGAUAAUAAAUAUGUUUAGGUCGGUCCGUUAAGUAAAUGGCAAGACAAUAAAUAUGCUCUUGUUCCUUCA